AUGGAAAGGCAGGAAAGCUCCUCUGCCGUGGGCAAGCGACCCGAUGAUUCAUCGGCUUCCUCUGGAGGCGGAGAACCUACCUAUCCCUCCCUCUCCUCUUCCAACGCACCUGCCUUCACGAGCCUCCAGGGACCUUCAUGCCCGCCUGCGAAGUCCGUUGCCGCCUACGAGACCGUUUUCCGCCUCCUCUGCCCCUCAGACAAAACCGGGAGCGUGAUCGGCAAGGGCGGUGCUGUUGUGCGCCAGAUCCGAGAGGAGACCGGUGUACGGGUCCUCAUUGAAGAUCCCGUCGCUGGUUCCGAUGAGCGCAUCGUCCGCGUCGUGGCGGCUGCGAUUCUACGCCGGAGGAGGCAAGGGGGUUUCGUAGAUAGUGAACAGGAGACCUCGCCGGCCCAGCUGGCGCUUGUUAGGGUUUUUGAACGGAUAGUGAUGGGGGAGGAAGGGGAAGGCGGGGACAGGGAGGUCCAAGGAACGGCUUCCUGUAGGCUGCUGGCACCAAGCAGUCACGUGGGAUGUGUCCUUGGUAAAGGUGGGAGGAUCGUCGAGAAAAUCCGCCUGGAGAGCGGGGCGAAGAUUAGGGUUUUUACCAAGGAAUCGGUACCGCCUUGCGCCGUUGCCGGGGAUGAAUUGAUUCAGGAUAUUCUGGAUAGAGUGCCCAAGUUUAAGAAGCUUAACUUGUUGAGAUUAGAAGAUCGCUCUGAUAAGCUCAAGAAGGCUAGAGCCUCAGAUGCCAAGAAGGGUGAAACCUAUUCUGCAUCCUCUCAUUGGCCAAAAAAAGGGGAAGCGCACGAGGAAGCCAAGGGAGCUGAGGAGGAGGCAACUCCUACACCUGUUCCUGCACCUGAGCAGCAAUAUACUAAGGAUGUUGGUCGUUCUGACUCUUACGUGGCUCACCAGCACCACCAGCACGACCAG